GUUUUGUUCUGCAGGCUACUAAUAUGUUAAUUAGCUGUGUGAGUGUGCGACCCUAUUGGCUCUUCGUCCGAGUCAAUUUCCCAUUUCCAGCCUGACGUCAGGGCGGUAACAAUGCUCUUAAACUCAUCUGCUGUGUGAUCCCACUAAAAAAUCGCCCCAGCAGUCAGCGGCUUGUAAACGUGCGAGGCUGCCAUAGACUUCUCGGCUCCUUCUCCCCUCUCCGCCCGCGUAAUGUAUUCACGAAGAAGCGUAAAGUGUUAAAUGUUUGAAAUACAAAAGCGCCGGAUUUCACAUGCUGAAAAAGGACUCCGCUACUCGUGCGCGCGGCACUGCUGUGUCUGUGCAAUAGACUCUGCAAAGAAAAACUCCUCCGCAGGUCCGCGGCUGCAAAAAGGACGCUGAAAACCUUUUCUUUUUUUUCGUGUUUUUUUUUUUUUUUUUUUUUUUUUUUUUUUAAGUUUCAAGACUUUAAAGAUUCAAACUGGCUCACGUUCUUCCCAACCAGCCCAGUUUGACAGCUGCUCUUCAGCCCGCUUGGAGGACUGUCAGCAGCAAGAGGAUGGCAUCAGAGCUGGCAAUGAGCAACUCCGACCUGCCCACCAGUCCCCUGGCCAUGGAAUAUGUUAAUGACUUCGAUCUGAUGAAGUUUGAAGUGAAAAAGGAGCCGGUGGAGCCCGAUCGCAACAUCAGCCAGUGCAGUCGCCUUAUCGCCGGGGGAUCCUUGUCUUCCACCCCGAUGAGCACGCCUUGCAGCUCGGUGCCCCCUUCCCCAAGCUUCUCGGCGCCCAGUCCGGGCUCGGGGAGCGAGCAGAAGACACACAUAGAGGAUUUCUACUGGAUGUCCGGUUACCAACAGCAGUUGAAUCCAGAGGCGCUGGGAUUCAGCCCCGAAGACGCGGUCGAGGCGCUGAUCAACAGCAGUCACCAGCUCCAGUCCUUCGACGGCUAUGCCAGGGGCCAGCAGUUCGCCGGCGCGGCCGGGGCGGGAGGCGCCAUGGCCGGGGAGGAGAUGGGCUCCGCCGCCGCGGUGGUGUCGGCAGUCAUCGCCGCGGCGGCCGCGCAGAACGGAGCGCAGCACCACCACCACCACCACCACCACCACGGCAGCGGCGGACACCACCAGGCGCCCGGCGUCCAGUCCAACGGCGCGCCCGGCGCCGGCCACCCACACAUGCGCCUGGAGGAGCGCUUUACGGACGACCAGCUGGUGACCAUGUCGGUGCGGGAACUCAACCGGCAGCUACGGGGGGUCAGCAAGGAAGAGGUGAUCAGGUUGAAACAGAAGAGGAGGACCCUAAAGAACAGGGGCUACGCGCAGUCCUGCCGCUUCAAGCGGGUCCAGCAGCGGCACGUCCUGGAGGGGGAGAAGACGCAACUCCUGCAGCAGGUCGAGCACCUAAAGCAAGAGAUCUCCAGGCUGGUCCGGGAGAGGGACGCGUACAAAGAAAAGUAUGAGAAGCUCAUCAGCAACGGCUUCAGAGAAAACGGAUCCAGCAGUGACAACAACCCUUCAUCCCCGGAGUUUUUCAUGUCAUCAAGAAAAUUCCUCCAUCUGUGAUUUCAAGCCCCCGUCCUCUGUGCUCUUCGAUCCCUGAGGUAAUUUCUCUCAUAUAUCCCUAUAUUAUAUUAUUG